AUGUCGGAGUCGAUCUUCUCUCCAGUUAGUGAUGCUGCACCUCCAGGAUAUAGCCCUACCCCGCGGAAGUACCAGUCGCUGUACAAACGGACACCCAAGUCUGUCCCAUUCAAGACGGCAUCGGAAACCGGUCUGGUCAGGAAAAGCCCUGGGUCUGACCAAGGUAGCCCAGCACCUUGGCCACUUAGGAAUCUCACUCAUCGACACACAUAUGCCGAAGGAUCCGCAACUAAUUUGCUGGCGACUCGCUCAAAUUGUCGCUACCAUAAAAUAUCUAUCCCUACGGGUAACGGCAAUCACGACACGAAGGUCAAUUUUGUCGUCCCUGGUUGUGCUUUACUCAACCAGGAGAACAUGGCAGAACAAGGUAUCGAGGAUUAUGGACUCUCUACCCCUGAAGAAGAGCAUAACGGAUAA